AUGUUGUCUGCAUGUCUAUUGAGGGGGUGAGCUGCAUUGCGGCCGUACACGCGUGUGUAGCAAUAACUGUGUUUAUCUGGUUGGUUACACCCGUUCAAUUGAGAGUGCAACCCCGGCUGGCGCUGCUGGUGGGCGAGUUUUCAGUAAUCUAUGUGGUACGGUCGGUAAACUUAUCCAUAGCUGUCUGGAUCUAUAACAAGGGCAGAGAUACUGGGCUUGGAACCUGGGAUUCAGAUUAUAAUGAUUAACUAGGGAUGCAUGUGU